CAGUGGCAGUGGGGUCUCGGGCUGCGGUACGGCUUACGACAAGUAUGUCUGGCACUAACACUCUUGAAGCCGGACUAGUAACGCGCGCUAACCCGCUGCAACCAGCAUCAGCAACACCUGUCUUGGCACUCAGAUGGGUCAGGUCCAGGCAUGCGGUCAGAACGACUGGAACUGCCUCUGCAGCGAUGGACCAACGUCAUGGUCUGCUACAACGCCUGCCCGUCGAAUCCCGACGCGUUCACGGCGCAGCAAUCGCAGACGCAGUAUUGCAAUGCUGCCAAGGUGUAAGUCUGCAGGAACACACAUUGGGAUAUGCCUGUAUGGCAGCAGGAAGCGCUUCGCACUCACUCUACAUUCGCACUUAUUGCUCUUCCUCCUCCAUCUCCUUCACCGCGACGCCUACCGCUCCCGUUGCCUCACCCCUCUCUUCGGCGCUUGCAAGUGCUGCUUCAUCCGCUGCGAGAUCCUCCGGUGCCUCAAACGCUGGUGUCAAUUCUGGCUCCGCCGCCACUACCUCCUCGCGCACCGGCAGCGCCUUCGCAUCUGCUACUGGUUCUGCGAGCGCAGCCGCCGCGUGCCCAACUCACUCAUCUGGCGCGAACGUCCUCGCGCCGGCUGGGCUUGCUGCUGUGUUUGGCGUUGUGGCUUUGCUUUAAGCGCGCAUUCAGUGCGUCCCGUUCGCUUGAGCGGUGGUUGAAGAAGGACACUAUCUGACAGCAUUCGUACUUUGAGACAGCCACGCAGGUGCCGAAUAAAUAUUCGCCUGCCGCGUUGCUAUGGCAGGUUGU